AUGGUACUCCGUCGACUUGGGAUCUUUUUUAUAAUUAUCUAUGUUUUUGAGUCCUUGACAGUAAUGGCACAAAGCAGCUUCACUGUUGCUGUGCUGGGCAGAAAGUGGGUACAGGUCAAAAGAUUGUCACCUGUGGAAAUGACUCUCACCAGCCUGAGCAUCUGUCGUUUCUUUCUACAGUGGACAUCGAUGCUGAACAAUUUUUGCUUCUAUUUUCAUCCUGAUUGUGUACUAUGGCACACAGGAACCAUCUGGGAAUUCACUAAUAUUCUUACAUUCUGGUUGACCAGCUUGCUUGCUGUCCUCUACUGUGUCAAGAUUUCUUGCAUCGCCCAUCCCAUCUUCCUCUGGCUGAGGUGGAGAAUUUCGAGGUUGGUGCCCUGGUUAUUACUGGGUGCUCUGGUGAUAUCUUGUGCAGCAGUUAUCCCUAGAGCUAUUAGGAAUCACAUAUUCCUACAAUUAGCCCCACUGACGCAUGUACCCACAAACAACUCUUUGAUUGAGAGACUUAAUAUGUUGGAGCCCUAUGUUUCCGGGGCUCAAAAAAUGUUUUUGUUGACAAUUCCCUUUCUCUUGUUCCUGAUCUGCACCGUAUUCCUUAUGGCGUCUCUGAUCCAGCACCGGAAGAAAAUGCAAAAGUAUAACACUGGCCACUCCGGCUCCAGCCAGAAAGCUCACUCCACUGCCCUGAAGUCUCUUGCUGUCUUCUUCGUCAUCUUCUUGACCUACUUUCUGAGUGUAAUAAUUACCUACACAGGCAUCGUAUCUAAGAGAGGAUGGUGGUACUGGGCCUGGGAAGCUGGCAUGUAUGCAUUAAUCUCUGUUCAUUCCACUUCACUGAUGAUGAGCAGCCCUACCUUGAAAAAGGCUAUAAAGGUGAAGUGCUGGGCCUAG